UACAAAAUUCUCAGAUAAAAAUUUAAAAUCCUUUUUGUCAUUAAAAUACACACACAUACACAUACAAUACACUCUCCUGAGUCUUGAGCCUCCUAACCUCUCCGUGAGUGUGUAUAUAUUCAUUUCAACUCCGCACCCCGAUAAAUAAAUUCUCUCUCUAAAAUUAUCUCUCUAUAUCGAUAUAUGUAUCACACAUAUAUAUAUAUGUAUGUAUUUCGAAGAUUAUUCAUGAUGGAAAUGUAGUGUAGGAAUUGAAGAAGAGAGAGAAAACGAAGUACAUAUUAGGAAAAUUUCGGUUCUGUAUCUGAUCGGAGAAUCGAGAAUGCCAUUGACUCGGUAUCAGAUAAGAAAUGAGUACAGCUUGGCUGAUCCAGAGCUGUACAGAGCAGCUGAUAAGGAUGAUCCCGAAGCUCUGCUUGAAGGCGUGGCCAUGGCCGGUCUCGUCGGUGUUUUGCGCCAGUUGGGUGACCUAGCUGAGUUUGCUGCCGAGAUAUUCCAUGACUUGCAUGAAGAAGUGAUGGCGACUGCUGCAAGAGGCCAUGGUCUAAUGGUUCGUGUGCAACAGCUUGAAGCAGAUUUUCCUUCAGUUGAGAGAGCUUUUCUGUCCCAAACCAGUCAUACAUUAUUUUUUUCCAAUCCAGGUGUUGACUGGCAUCCUAAUCUGCGUAUGGAUCAAAAUCUGAUUUCACAAGGAGAUUUACCUCGAUUUGUAAUGGACUCUUAUGAAGAAUGCCGGGGUCCUCCUCGGUUAUUCCUUCUCGACAAGUUUGAUGUUGCGGGUGCUGGGGCAUGUCUCAAGCGCUACACUGAUCCGUCAUUCUUUAAAGUGGAAGUAUCAUCCUCUGGAAUGACAAAUGCAGAAAUUCAGAGGGAGAAGAAAAUCCGCAAAGCUAAGAAGAAAGGAUCACGCUGGAGAAAUGGAGAAACACCCGACAUUUUACCAGCAUCACAUGCAAAACUGCAUCAGUUAUUUCUAGAGGAGCGUGUUGCAAAUGGUACUACUGACCCUGCACGUCGUGUGAAGCUGAAGAGAAGGCUCAAUGGAUUUCCAUUUGAUUCUAGAACUGGGAAAAGUUACAUGGAGAAAUUUUUGAAGACUCCUUCACCCGAGCAUAAGGUGGUUCAUGAAGUCACUGUUAGUUCCCCGCCCUUGAAAUUACCAUCCCAUAUUACUAAUGAAUCAGGGCUUGAAAUAGUUGAAAUCAGUACAGCGAGUCCUCAUGAAGAACCAUUGCAGAGAAAGAGAAGUCCAUAUUCAUCUCCUCAUAUAGAGGAGACUAUACUAGAAUCAUCAAUGAGCGAGUUGAAUGAGGAAGUUAUGGAUAGAAUAUCAAAGGUGCACAACCUCAGUUUUGAAGCGGAUAAUAUUCUUUCUACACUUGAUGAGGUGGUAGAUGAGAAGGAAAUUGCAGUUGAUGGGGAAAGCAGAACAGAAGACAGUAGGGAUAGUUACCAAUCUGAUGACAUUGCAAGUGAGAUAGAUGCUUACAUGGAUGCCCUUACUACAAUGGAAUCAGAAAUGGAAACGGACACCGAGUAUAAAGCCAAGAAUGAGGUAGCCAUCUUAAAUAUUGAAAAGCAGGGGUCAGAUUCUGACGGAAAUGAUAAACAGGAGCUUCAACCUCAUUUUUCAGAUUCUCAAUCAUUAGGGAACUCCAUUGCAUCUGAUGAUGUGGUUAACUCAUCCAAAAAAGAAUUAUCUAGUUUUUCCUGUUCUGAUUCUCUAAGCAAUUUGGCCGAGAAUACACCAUUGGAUGUUGAUGUUUCUGCUAAAGUUUUUCCAUUCACUGAAAUUUGUGAAGCUGAGGUCGUAAAUAUGUCAUCUGACCUGCAAUUUGUCAAAGAGGAAACUCCAGAGACCCAACUAACAGAGCAUGUGGUCCCCAGUGGACCAUGUGUUGAGAUCCCAAAUUACAGGUCUGAAUUUGGAGAACCAUCUUCUAGUUCGUGUCUUACAGAUGCAACUCCAACCCUUCUGCCUGUAGAUCCGGGAGCAAGCUGGAGGGAAUGUGCAGUUGUGGAACCAGAAUUGGAUGAAAUAUCCUCUGGCUGUAAUGAACCUGCUGCUGAAUUUAUUUGUACUGAAGAAAAUACGAUAAAUAUGGGUGAUAAUUUACCAUGUACACCUAAUCUUUCUGAUGUUCCUUCCCAGACAAGAGAUGAUUUGCUCCCUAUGGUGUCCACUGAAAACCAUCCUCUGGACGAGUUAGAUGAUGAGGAUCCGAACGUCUUUUCUGAUGCUUCACUGCACUUCUUGAACAUCUCAGAGCUGUCUUGUGAAAAGAAAAACAGUGAAAGUUCAUUGGACUAUGUUCUCCAAACAGAAUACUCAGAAGACAAUUGUAGCAAAAAUUUGGUUGAUGGUCAGAUUAAUUCGCCACCCUCGGUUACUUCACAUACAGAAGAACAGGCUCUUGAUUCAGCCUUGCCAGAACUAGAAAAUUGUAAUUCAGAUGCAAAGCAAGGUGGCAUUGUUCCCAAAGUAGAUGAUGCUAUUCCAUUAGCUGGGGAGAUAACAAUGAACUUAACUCCUGUAGGAGAUAAUCCACAGGCUUGUAACGUCACAGAGCCGCAAAUCAUGGAAAGAACAGAUGAUGUUUCGCCAUCUGAACUUGAUUCAGCGGAAGUGUGCAUUUCAUAUUCUGGGGAGAAGAAUCUUGAUGGCGCUUUUAGCACUACAGGUGGUGAGGAAACAGAUGUACUCUCCCUCAGCAUUGAUAUGGUUGGAAACGAUGCUGCACCUCUUGAAUUUGCUUUUGAUUGUCCUAAAUCUCCAGAUCCUGCACCAGAUAUCAAGGUUCAUAUACCCUUAAAUGAUAUAGGAACUGAAACAGCUCAAUCUGAAGCUGUUGCUGUGGAUUCAGCUGCUGCAAGCACUGAUGAUGAUAAUGAUGGUGAAAAUUGUGUUAAUUAUUUCUCUACCAAUCUCACAGGGUCCCAAGAAGUUCCUCUUUCUGGUCUUGGGGAUUCAAAUCAGAAUGGAUUGGAAAGCCACGAGGCAUGUCUUCCAGUGCAUCUUAAACAAUCAGACGGAGAGAAGGAAGUUGAUCAACAGGCAAUUGCUUCACCAGAAUUUGACUCCAUUCCGUGCAAUAAAAUCUUUUAUGAUCAUUCCUACGCAGAAUUGAUCGAUGAUGUUUCUGAUUCAUUUAUGGCUGCAGAUACUGAAAAUGGUUCCCACCCUAAUGAUGCUGCUGCAGUCCUAUCAUCUUCAAAUCAAAACGGCCGAGAUUCAAAAUCUCUCUCUCUCCAGCAGAGUAAUAUGAUCGAGAAUUCAGUAGAUUCUCUAUCUUCACUGACCCAUUACCUUGCUGAGCUAAGAAUUCCUGUGGAGCAAAAGGUUGAGUUACAAGCUACUCAGCUUGAUAAGGAAUGUCCACAUGCAGGUGAAGCUAGUUCUGAAUCGUCAAUUCAGUUGGAACAGAUACAACCUCCAAAUCAUUUGGAUCAUGAAAUAUGCAUUGAUGCUUCCUCUGAAUUUCAUCCAGCACAUCCUCCAAGCCAGCCUUCACUGUCAGAGUUGUUACCACAGUCGAUCUGCAAGAAAGACAUCUCUGAGCAAGACAGCGAUCCAUUAAUUUCAGUCUUUCCAGCAUUUGGCCUGUUUCCUGAGGCAAAUCAAAUCAAUUUAGAGGAGAUGCCUCCAUUGCCACCUCUUCCCCCUGUCCAAUGGAGGACAGGAAAGACUCAACAUGCUUCCCAAGCUUCGGAGAGAGACUUGGUGCAGAAUAAUAUGGAACCAUUUCCAACAAGUUUGCCAUCUACAGCUUAUGAAAAAGUUCAAUUGGGUUAUCCGGCAGUGAAGGGAGAAAUUACCCAACCUUCAAACCCAUUUUCGCCACUGUCAGCUGCAAAAGAUGAGAAUUCUCAACAUGUUUAUGAAAACUUAGCGGGUACUAUGGCGCAUUCCAAUCCAUUCUCAUUUCAAGUGCCAACCAUUGUUGAUCAUGGGAAUAGUCACGAUGAUAUCCACACUUCAGGAAGAACACAAUCCAUGAACCCAUUCUUAAUGUUGCCAUCAAUAUAUGAUGAGAGAACGCAGCGUGGUUUCCUUGGUUUAGAGGGUGCAACAGUACAACCUAGUUUGAAUCCUUUCUCAACUGUAACAAGUGUUGAAGAUACAGCUUCUACACAUGCUUCCAGGUCUUUGCAGGAAAAACUAAUCCAGCCUCUGGAUCAAUUAGCACCAGAAACAGGCUCCUGUGUAAUUUCGAAUGUGAAAGUGAUGAAUCCUCCUGACACCGCUGUGCCACCACCAGCGACGGAAGAGGAGCAGCCCCAUCAUGUCUUCCAAACUUCAGAGAGGGAAACUUCAUGGUCAUCAAGUAUAUCCAUUCCACUUACGGCUUCUGAAGAUGGAAAGGCAAACGAAAAUCGGCCAAUUAAGCUUCCCAGACCGCGAAACCCUCUCAUUGAUGCCGUUGCUGCCCAUGGUAAAAGCAAGUUGAGGAAGGUAACAGAACGAGUUAGGCCUCAAGUUGAACAGAAGGUAGAUGAAAGGGAUUCACUACUGGAACAAAUACGAACCAAGUCUUUCAACUUGAAACCUGCGGUGGUGACAAGACCCAGCAUUCAGGGUCCUAAAACCAAUUUGAAAGUUGCUGCCAUUUUGGAGAAAGCAAAUGCAAUUCGCCAGGCAUUUGCUGGAAGCGAUGAAGAUGAUGAUGCAGAUAGUUGGAGUGAUUCGUAAAAAGUUUUGCUCUAGGGCUACUCUUCCACUGAGUUUAUUGCCAUGAAGUGUACAGGAAUGUGAUUUUUUAAGCUCCCAGCUUUCAGUAAGGGUUUUUAGCCGUGUCAAUUGCCAUGAACAUGACGGAGGAUAUUUGUUCUCUCCCUUGCAUGGAUUGGAAAUUUCUGCAGUAUGUUGUACUCUCUCUCUCUCAAGGAAGUUUCAUUGUUGGUGGCUGUGUCCUGCCCACAGAAAUAAUGUGGGGGGUUAAAAUACAUUUGUGUGUGACAGAUGAGGUCCAGCGUGCAAGCGCUUAAUCGCUCAAUUUCUGUUUAGGUUUUAGUGGGUAUAUAUAUGGUGGCACAAGAUAUGAUUUGUAAAAUAUGUCGUAUGCAUUUUUGUAUCUGGUAUAUAAACACUGCUGUAAUUUGGAUUCUCUAAUCCAUGCUCCUCUUUUCCACCCUUUUAAGUAA